CGUCGCUGAUGACACGCACACACUCUGUUUCUCACAUACGGUAGAGAGGACAGUGAGGGAGACAAGAGUGGAGAGAAGAGGAGAAGCGGAGCAGAGGGGAAAGCGCUCGGAAAGAGAUCAGCGGAGAAAUGCCCGCUGGACGGAUGGAUUUUAUUCUCCCCGAGCUGUACGAGCCUUUGUAAGACAACAUGGGCUGCAUAGGAUCCCGGACGAUCAUUUCUGCAUCUCCAGCAACAGAUGCGGUGCCAGUACGGAAAGAUGGGGAUCAGCAUGGCCAUACUGAGUUUUCCUGGGAAGGAAUCAAUUUGUCUAUGGAGGAUACUACUUCUAUUCUGCCUCGACUGAACAGGAAGUCCAACAACGCCUAUGGGAUUGGUGCCCUGGCUAAGUCCUCUCUGACAGGUGUGUCAGGUGUGACCCGGUCAAUGAAGGACAAAGUGACCAAGCCCACUGCCAUGGCCCAGGGUCGGGUUGCCCACAUGAUCGAGUGGCAGAGCUGGGGCAACCCAUCGGCGGGGCCGAUUGGGAGCACGGGUCAUGCCAACUUGCAGCGGGAAAAGGAGAGGAGGAUGGAAAACGAUGCUUACAGCGACCUCAGUGAUGGCGAGAAGGAGGCUCGCUUUGCAGCAGGUAUUAUGCAACAGUUUGCAAUCUCUGAGGCCACUCUGUUUGGCUGGAACUCGAUGGAUGGUGAUAGUAUGGGAGCUGGCUCGAACCAGGGCAGCGUUGCUCACUUGAGCGAGGUCAACCAGGAGAGUAUUACCAGCAGAGACCAGGUGCUCCAUCACUCCUCUGCAGAUGUCUGGCCUCACACCUACAUCUCACAGGGCAUGUAUUGCCUAUCUUCCUCUGAUGCUUGGGACCCAAUCACCAGCCAGCCUUCAGGCGUGGUCUCGCCUGCCGCAGGCUCCUACAUCAUGGCUGCGGGUGGUGGUAGUGGAGCAGGAUGUACCCCUGGAGAUGGGUAUGAGGGCACAGUUAACAGUUACAUUCAGCAUCACCAGGCUCAACUUGCACUGCAGCAACAAGGUCAACUCCAGCAGCUACAUCUUCAUCAUUACCAGCAGCAACAGUUUCUGCAGUACCAACAACAACAACAGUCUUUGGAGCACAGGCUACACAGUGCCUCCCCUUCCCUCCAAGCCACUCCCAACAGCACCAUCCACAGCCUCGGUCCUCCUACUCACCCCCGGCUAGCGGACCUGUGGGGGGCUGUGCAGGUAGAGGCCCAUCAAGUGGAGAUUGUUGGGCAGCUAAGUGCACAGAUGCUUGACCUGGUUGGAGGGGUUGUAGAGACAGUUGGAGAGGAGCCAGAACUUGAAUCUGAAGAGAUCCUUGAGCAACAUGAAGAGGAAGAAGAAGAACUGUCAAAGGUAGAAGAGGUAACACUGACCUUAGAGCCAGAGCCAUGCUCUUUAACACCAUCCCCGCUGAGGGAGGAUGCCCCAACGACAAGAGGUUCAAGCCCAGGAAUACCAGUGCAGACUUCAGAACCUAUUCCAGAGAGAAUACCUUUCGAUGUCACCCCUUGCGUCGUCCAAUUGCUCGAAGAGAAUGACGAGGAGGCGGAGGAGGGCUCCAUUGUCAUCGUUGCAACAAACUGAGUCACAUGGCCACAAAAAGACUAAGACUUCAAUAAUAAACCAAGCUACUACCCUUCCCAUUUCUUCUUCCAAAUAUUUACCUUUCUAAACCUGAGUAAAUGCUACUUCAGCUGGAAAUGUUGGAUGUAAUGUAUACAAACUAGAUGCCAUCAACCCCAAGGCUCCCAGUUAAGCAUCAAAAAUGUGAACCUUACCAAGACUAUGAACUAGUAAUAUUAAAAGACAGGAGGGACGUGAAGUCUUACACUACUGAAACACACAACCUGAGGAUAUAAUGGAUUAUCAAUGUUAGGACCAACUGGACUAACAAGCCAGGACUGGAAGCCAAAUAGGGAAGAAAAGGAUGGACGCACAAUUCCCCAAAACAAACAGACAAAACUGAGAGAUGAAUGAAAAGAAAAAAAAAAAUCUGUGCAAUACAAUAAUUAUGGAUACAAAAAUGGGUUGUUAAAUUAUUCAGAUUGUUUGGUUCACGUUCUUUGGAGCAACAGACGUCUCAGAGAAAUGCUGUUGGAGAGCUGUUUGGUUUGCUAACUAAGUUCCUGCUCAAUGCAAAGAGGAGACAUGUUGAAUGCACAAACUCAAACCUCAGAGCAACCUGAGGCGUGCAAAUACACCAUCUGACCACAACCAAAAAAAUGCAUGCUUAUCGGUGACCUAACCCUAACAGUAUAACGCAGUAUACAAGUAAUAAUAUAACAAAUUAUUUGGGGUUUUGUUUUUUACAAUAAAAGAAAAUAAUCCAAUAAACUGAUGUGUAUAUGUAUGAAUGUAAGACUGUAUGUAUGUGUGUAUGAAUGCAACUGCUUUGUUGGUGUGUUAAAUAUAUAUUCUGAGAAAUAAA